UAAAAAAUAUUUAUUGUAGCAUUAAUGUAAUUAAUAAAUAAACCACCUUCAUUAAUAAUGACUUAUGUUCAAAAAGUUUACUUUCGUUUUCAAAGAAAUCGCUAAGUUGCGAUUGUGCUUGAAAUGCUGACCUCUGCUGUCAUGUAUAAACGAAAGUACAAGAAGAGGAAAUCUAGAAGGAAAAUGUAAGGCUUCAGGCUUUAAAGUAGGUAAAGAUGUUGUACUCAUGGGGAACAGCUGAUGAAGAGGGAUUUGAUGUGGCCACGACAGAGAACACAAUUCAAGAUCGCUCGACGAUAAAAACCUUGUGCUCAAAUCCUACGAUCCAGGAUGAACCAACGGGAAAAUAUCUGGGAUUCAUUGGCGAUGAUGAUGUCUCAGUCCUUAAAAUGUGUAGAAACGGAGAGAUCAAAGCCAAGAUGGAAAACUUUAACCUAAAGAAAGACAAGAUUAAACUGAUGAGGAGUGGACAGGCUCGCGCGCUCCUGCUUAAUUCUGAAGGAGAGAUUCUCUUCAUGGAGAUUUCCUGCAGCAGGAUCUUCAAAAAUCUCUGUGACAGACAGGUUACACAGGUGGCGUGUGGAAACCAGCACUCCAUUGCAAUCAUCAGUGAUGGUCAGUUGUUGGUAUGGGGUGUAAAUAGUCACGGUCAGCUGGGUUUAGGAAAGGGCGAAAACCUCAUCCGUUCCCCUCAACCUCUCAGAUCCCUGUGUGGGAUCCCAGUAACUCAGAUCAGUGCUGGAGGAGACCACAGCUUCGCCCUGUCUCUCUCUGGAGCUGUGUUCGGCUGGGGGAAAAACAACUCUGGACAGCUCGGCCUGGGAGACACAAAAGAGAGAGACACUCCGACUUGUGUCAAGAGCUUGAAUCUGAAGAAAACAAUCUUCAUCUCAUGCGGAGAAGAACAUAGUGCUAUUCUGACAAAGGGUGGAUUUGUGUUCACAUUCGGAUCAGGCAAGUAUGGACAGCUUGGACACACUUCACUAAGAGACGAGUAUCACCCUCGGCUGGUUGCUGAGCUCAUGGGGUCAAAGGUGUCUCAGAUAGCCUGUGGAGGGCACCACACUCUCGCAAUGUCUGAUUCUUUGAAUGUGAUCUACUCAUUUGGAUGCGGAGAGCAAGGGCAGCUGGGAAAUCAAACAACAGUUAACCAAUCUGUGCCUUUACCCGUACGUCUGCCUUCAGGCCAAAGUCAUGCAUUAAAAGUGAAGAAAGUUCUGGCUGGUGGGAACAUUUCUUUUGCCCAAAUCUGUCAUGAAGAGAACCAUGUAACAGAUGUCAUAACACAUAGUGUGUGUCCAACACUAGAUGACCAAAUGAUUGACAGGUGGAUGAAAGAAUGUGACACAGAUGCAUGGAGAGAGAUCGCAAGGGAAAUCAAAAAGGUGUUUUCCUCUCCGUCGUGUGUAAAUGGGAGUUUUAUUGAUAAAAGCCAUGACAAACACUUUCAAACUUCAAUGGAAUAUUCCGGUCUGGAUCUUUCCCUGGCUCGUCUUGCCUUUGAGAAUAUCGCCAAAAAGACUAAAGUCUUAUUAGAGGUACAGCACACAGUAGUGAGAAAACUGCUUCCAUCUCUGAGCGUCUGUCCGGCCGGUGUAGAGGCUCUGAGAGUUUAUCUCAUCCUGCCUGAACUCCUCCGAGUCCUCCAGCAACAAAAGCAACAAAAGCAACUGGCUGCAGAUUUGGCUUAUGCCAUCCUAAAACUGGAUCCAUGUGACGCCCUGGAGAGCCUCUGGAGGAGAAUGCCAUAUUCAUACUUCAGGACUCUUGUGAAAACCUUUCAUUCAGAAUCGACAAAACUCAUAACACAAAUGACAACGCAACAAUGCGACCACUGGGAAUCCCUCAUCAUCAUUCUUUCUCUUCUGAAGCGAUUAUUUUCGGUUAACAGGCAAAGGAAAUGCGCUUUGAUGGAAAGUCAGUUUUGUAUCACUGAAGUCGCUGACCUGAUAAGCAAUGCAUAUGAAGGGAAAAUCCUUCCGAGAAAUAUUGAAAUGUUGAUCCCUUUCAGUUUCCUAGCUGAUACUGCAACUAAACAGAGAAUAUUUAUCUACUUACAGGCUAAGCUCAUACAGGAAGACGCAGGCUCAGCUAGACGGCCUGUUGUCCCUCCCAACAUGUGCAUAAACAGACAGUCAGUGUUAAAGGACACACUGAAGUCUCUCAAACAAGGCAUCUACAAAUUUUCACAACCAUUGAAGGUUCAAUUUAUGGGGGAGAGAGGCGUCGAUUUUAGUGGCUUAUCUGCUGAGUUCUUCUCCCUCCUUGCAACGGCUUUCGUCACAUGGGAGAAAAAGCUGCUGAAAGUCUAUGAGGAUUCACAACUGGUUUGGUUCAAUCCUGAUAUUUGUGAUGUCACAGAUUUUUAUUAUCUUGGCAUUAUCUGUGGAAUGGCAUUGUACAACCAUCAUUUCAUAAACAUCAACUUUCCACUGGCAUUGUUCAAAAAGCUGCUCCGCACGAGUCCCACUUUAAAUGAUUUUGAGGAACUGACACCAAUAGAGACCAGAAGUUUGAAAGAUCUUCUGAUGGAAGAUGAAGAAGAAGUAGUGGAUGGACUCGAUUUGGUUUUCAUGGAGAAAAAAGAAGAGCUUAUUCCAAAUGGUGCUCGCACUUUAGUGACCAAAACUAACAGACAGAAGUAUGUGGAUUUGUAUGUGGACUUCAUUUUCAACAAGUCGGUGAGGAAUCAGUUCGAGAAGUUCGCAGAAGGUUUUUAUGAAGGCUGUCCGAUCAGUGCCUGGAAAAUGUUUCACCCUGAAGAACUCAGAGAGCUUGUUCAUGGUUCUCCUGCAUACGAGUGGGAAAACCUUCACAAAUGUGCCACAUAUGAAGGCUGUUCCAGCUCUGAUGAGCUUAUCAAGAAUUUCUGGACCGUUUUCUUUGAGUUCUCUGAAGAGCAGAAGAAGAAAUUUCUCUUUUUCAUGUAUGGAACGGACCGUGUACCUGCUGGGGGUCUCUCAAAGCGGACUCUGAAGAUUGUGCAGUUAAACUUUCCUGAUUCAGAUGAUCGUUUCCCAGAAGCCCAGACUUGUGUUGGCAAAUUACUUCUUCCCAAAUACAGUGAUAUUGACACACUUCGUAAUAAGCUACAACAUGCUAUCAAGUAUUGUGAGGUUUUUGGAAGGGAAUGAAGUUCCUUCACAGUCAGCAUCGUUAAAAUAAGCUAAACGAAAUAUUUUUUUUUGUUUUUGUCAGGAAAAGUCUCUCUCUCUCUCUCUCACUCACUUUCUCCAGGGUUCCCACAGGUCAUAUAAUUUCGGGAAUUUUAUGGAAUUUUUAAAGGUUUUUUUCUAGACAUUGAAAGUCAGGGAUUUUUUGUCCAAGUCUUGGAAUAUCAGAGAUUUUUUUGUUGGUUUAAAUUUUUGUUUUAAUUUAUCAAAAUGUAAUCCACUUGUUAACUUGUGAUGGAAAGAAUACCAUUUCUGGGUCCAAGCGUCUGCUUACUACAAUUUAAACAUCUGUUUAUUGGCACUGUUUAUUCAUUUCACACAUUUAAGAUACAUUUUUAUAAACUCAUGGUGUACAGCAGUGGUUCCAAACCUUUUUCACUUCCCUAUAGUUGCCCACAACAAUAUUUGAAGGCCCCCCACUUGUCAAUUUUUUUCACAUAAAAUUAAAUAGAGCUUGAAAUGACUAAACAGAUGUAUAUUUUCUACUAAAAUGGCCAAAAAAUAAGAAACAUUCAAUUUUUUGCUUAUUUUAGCUUAUUUUAAUGCUUGUUUUGUCCAGUAUUUAAUCAUUUUAAGUCAUCUUGAGACCCCCUUGGAAAUCUGCUGAGGCCCCCCGGUUGGUAAACACUACAUUAUCCAGACUCACGGCAUCCCAGACAUACUGUAGGUCAUGGAAAUUCAGCUUUUUCUUAGUGAAAGUCAGGGAAUUUUAUUUUUAAUGGAAACCCUCUCUCUCUCUCUCUCUCUCUCUCUCUCUCUCUCUCUCUCUCUCUCUCUCUCUCUCGAAAACAAGACAAAGCCUGCGAAACAUAUCACAAUCCCUCUCACAGCUGCUGCUUUUGUUUUCUAUAGUUUAUAUCUUAUUAUUUAUUAUUAUAUAUUUUUUGACUCAUCCUAAUAAUCUUGCCUCAACCAUCUCUAUAUCUCCUUUUCUUCUCUCAGAGGAUGGUCCAAGGAAAACAUUUCCUUAAACUUCCAUGAAACUAAUGAAAAAUAGUAAAUGCAGAGCUAAUGCUUCAGUCCAACAGGACACUGUUUCUUUUUUUUUUUCUUUUUUUGAAUACAUGGUUAUGUAUGCUGUCUACAGUAAAUAUAAGUACUGCACUUUUAUGAACUAUGUACUUAAAAAUGUGUAACGAGCUACAUGUAUGUGCAAUAUAGAUUAGACUUGGGUUAUAGGGAAAGAAACCUUUACUUUAUUUAUUAAAUCUAUGUAUGCAGAUUU